AGACACCAAACGCAUUUUUCAGCAGAGAUAGAGACGGAAACUUGAGCUCAACAAGUUGACCAUGAUCUUGAGAGUCACUAACUCACUGUCUUCACCCUUUACCAAUCAAUCACUCAACAAAACUUCUUUUCCGACGAAUUCACCUGUCUGGGCUCCCGUCAAUCUUAAACCCAGUACCGGACAACCUUCGAAGAACAAAAAUAUCGCAGCUUUUGCUAAAUCUGCAAACUCUAACAUGGCAGAUAAGUUCAAGCAAACUGCUCUCUUAGUCAUUGACAUGCAGAAUGAUUUUGUACUUGAAGAUGGCUUGAUGAGAGUUAAUGGAGGUAAAGCAAUUAUCCCAAAUGUGAUCAAGACUGUUGAAGUUGCUAGGCAACGUGAUAUCCUUGUCAUCUGGGUUGUUCGCGAACAUGACCCACAAGGAAGAGAUGUUGAGCUUUACCGCCGGCAUUAUUACUCUGCCGGGAAAGUGCCUCCUGUGGCUAAAGGAACCACCGGGGCAGAGCUGGUUGAUGGCCUUGCGAUCAAAGAAGAGGAUUAUAAGCUGGUGAAGACACGAUUUAGUGCAUUUAUGAACACUAAUCUUCAUUCGCUUCUUCAGACCGAGGGAAUUAAGAAUUUGGUGUUUGCUGGCGUUCAAACUCCAAAUUGCAUUAGGCAGACUGUGUUUGAUGCUGUGGCACUAGAUUACCAAGAUGUUAUUGUUGUUGUUGAUGCCACUGCGGCUGCUACACCUGAGAUACAUUCUGCCAAUAUUAUUGACAUGAAAAAUAUUGGAGUCGCGACCCCAACAUUACAGGAGUGGUGCAACACUGAUGCCUGAUCAUCUACCUGAAGACUAAACAAGGUCUGCCUCUCUUAUGAUCCUUUCAUCAAUCACUAUCUGUCUUAUGCUCCUGGCCGUAAUGUGCUUGAUCUGAUUAUUAAAUCAUCAUAGGUGACCAUCUCUAUGUAAUUCUUCUAAUUUAUCAUUGCCGAUUAAUAAAAUGCAAUGAAAUAAUUGCACUUCGCAUUUAGUACUAUGUUUAAUAUGGUUGAUGCUGAAAAAAGUAAUACUCGCUGUUUUGUUUACUCCGACUAUGAAUAUACACUUGGUUUCUUGCAA